AUGACAUCUUCAUUUUCCUUUGAGAUGAGGACACCUGAAUGCUUGCUUGGGACUGUGCCAAAGGAAUGUCUUUGUCGUGGUAGGGAGGUUGCCUGUGAUAAAGCCCAGCUGCGAGCUGUCCCAUCAGUUUCUUCAAAUGUGACUUUACUGUCACUUCAAUGGAACUUAAUGAGUAAGCUGUUUAAUGAUGAAUUCAAGAAGUACCAUGAUCUUCAGAAACUGUAUCUGCAAAACAAUAACCUUAGAUCUAUCUCCACGUAUGCUUUCAGAGGGCUGUAUAAUCUUACUACACUGUAUCUCAGUCAUAACAAAAUAUCUUCCCUGAAGCCAGGAAUUUUUGAAGAUCUCCAUAGAUUAAAAUGGCUAGUAAUUGAAGAUAAUCACCUCAGUCGAAUUUCCCCACUAACAUUUCAUGGACUAAAUUCCCUUAUUCUCUUAUUGCUAAUGGAUAAUUCCCUCACCCGUUUACCUGACGAACCUCUUUGCCAAUACAUGCCAAGACUUCAAUGGCUGAUAAUGAGGAGAAAUAAAAUUAAUCGCAUAGAUGAAAAUACCUUUGCAUCUCUGCAGAAACUAGAUGAAUUGGAUUUAGGAGAAAAUGAGAUUCAAGAUCUUCCACCUCAUAUAUUUAAGGAUCUGAAGGAACUCUCACAAUUAAACAUUUCCUUUAACCCAGUCCAGAAAAUGGAAAGAAAUCAAUUUGAUUACAUUACCAAUCUCAAGUCUCUCAGCUUGGAAGGAAUUGAAAUUCCAAAUAUUCAACAAAGAAUGUUUAGACCUCUAAGAAAUCUUUCCUACAUAUAUUUUAAGAAAUUCCAGUAUUGUAAAUAUGCACCUCACGUUCGAAGCUGUAAACCGAACACUGAUGGCAUUUCAUCUGUGGAGAAUCUCUUGGCAAGCAUCAUUCAGAGAAUCUUUGUCUGGGUUGUAUCCGCAGUUACAUGCUUUGGAAACAUCUUUGUUAUGUGUAUGCGACCUCAUAUCAGGUCUGAGAAUAAGCUCUAUGCCAUGUCAAUCAUUUCUCUCUGCUGUGCUGAUUGUUUAAUGGGAGUCUACUUAUUUGUGAUUGGAGCCUUUGAUCUAAAGUUUCGAGGAGAAUACAAUAAACAUGCCCAGUUGUGGAUGGAAAGUAUUCACUGCCAACUUGUGGGGUCUUUGGCCAUUUUGUCCUCAGAAGUAUCCGUUUUACUUUUAACCUUUCUGUCUUUGGAAAAAUAUAUCUCUAUUGUAUAUCCUUUUAAAUGUUUAAGACCCAGAAAACACAGAACAGUUAUGUUUCUUAUUCUCAUUUGGACUACUGGGUUUAUAGUGGCUUUUAUUCCGUUAAGCAAUAAGGAAUUUUUCAAAAACUACUAUGGCACCAAUGGAGUAUGUUUUCCUCUUCACUCAGAAGAUACAGAGAAUAUUGGUGCCCAAGUUUAUUCAGUGGCAAUUUUUCUUGGCAUUAACUUGGCAGCAUUUAUCAUCAUAGUCUUCUCUUAUGGAGGCAUGUUUUACAGUGUUCAUCAGAACGUCAUUACAAAAACUGAAAUACAGAAUCAAGUUAAAAAAGAGAUGAUCCUUGCAAAGCGGUUUUUCUUUAUUGUGUUCACUGAUGCAUUAUGCUGGAUACCCAUUUUUAUACUAAAAUUUCUUUCACUGCUUCAAGUAGAAAUACCAGGUACCAUAAACUCUUGGGUAGUGAUCUUUAUUUUGCCUAUCAACAGUGCUUUGAAUCCAAUUUUGUACACUCUGACCACAAGACCAUUCAAAGAAAUGAUCCAUCAGGUUUGGUUUAACUAUAAACAGAGAAAGUCUACUGACAGCAAAGGUGGUCAGAGAGCAUAUGCACCAUCAUUCAUCUGUGUGGAAAUGUGGCCCCUACAGCACAUGCCAUCGAGGUUAAUUAAGCCAACUCUUUACACAGACUCCUAUGAAAUGUCACUGAUUUCACAAUCAACUAGACUCCACUCCUAUUCCUAA